AAGAUAUAAAGUCCACAGAAUUCACAACUCCAUCCACAGGUGUUUAAACUUUAAAGCCACACACACAAAAAAAAAAAAAAAAAAAAAAAAAACAGGUUGAAACUCCAAAUCAUGGCUUUAGCUAGUUAUUGUUGCAGAUUUGUACCAGAUAAUGUGCAAGAACUGCUCAACAACAAAGGGAAAACUGUAACCAGAAAUGUAACCUCCGAUAUUUCAGGAAGAAGAAGACUUCUCAUAUCUUCUACUGCUGCUAGUUUGUUAGCUGUUGCAACCACUGAAGCCAAUGACAGCCAAACUGCCCUUCUUCAAAAGUAUCUGAAGAAGUCAGAGGAGAACAAAGAGAAGAAUGACAAAGCGAGAAUGGAUGAUUACUAUAAGCGCAAUUACAAAGACUACUUUGGAUUCGUAGAGGGUCCGUUGAGAUCAAAGGAUAAAGAUCAACUUUCCGAUUCAGAAAGAGGUAUUCUUGAGUGGCUAGACAAGAACAAGUAGUUCCCAGUUGUAUUUCUCCUUCCAUUUUUAUUCUGUAAAAUUUGCAAAAUUCAGCAAUUUCUAUUUCUGGUGUACUUAAUUGGUUACACAACCAUAACAGAGAGACUUUUAUCAAGGCUUAUAUAUUACAACUUGGUAUAUUGAUAAACUUUUACCUC